AUGCCUUUUAGAGAAGCUAAUGAAACUUCUAUCCUAAACUUCUAUCAAGACUUGGUGUCCAGGUUUGGUACCCCAGAUUCAAUCAUUUCUGAUAAUGCUUUAGAUUUCAUUGGUUUAAGAGUUUCAGAUUGGUCAGUUAAGCAUAAUAUCUACUUGAAUACCUCAUCCAAUUAUUACCCUCAAGGUAAUGGGCAGGCUGAAUCAACUAAUAAGAACUUGAUCAACAUUAUUAAGAAGACUAAUGUUGAGAAUCAAAGAACUUGGCAUGAAAAACUCAAGUUAGCCCUUUGGGCUGAUAGAAUUACACCAAAAAGGUCAACAGGUAACUCUCCUUGUGUUUUAACCUAUGGAAAAGAAGCCAUGUUUCCUAUUCUAGUUGAAUUUCCUACUCUGAGAUACAUUAAAGAGCUUGAGCUACUUGAGGAGAAGCCAAUGCAGAUUAGGCUUUCUCAGCUUAUGGAGUUGGAAGAAACUCAAAAAGAAGCUUAUGAAAAGUUGCAGAUUCACCAUGCUUAG